AUGACCACCUCCAACUCAGCUCGAAACAAUGUCGUUGAUGUCGUCCGACAAUCAUCUCCAGUCGAUACCACAAGUCCAUACGAUGCCGGUUGGGUAGCAGGAAAAACAAUUGUUAUAACGGGUGGAGCAUCUGGAUUCGGCGAAGGGUUCUUUAGAAAAUGGGCAGAGAAUGGAGCAAACGUAAUAAUUGGAGACGUCAACAGUACAAGGGGCAAAGCAUUGGUGGAUGAAAUACGCAAGAAGACUGGCAGUCAAAACCAUCAUUAUUUGCAUUGCGAUGUUACGAACUGGCAAUCACAAGUCGACUUUUUUCGUACAGCUGUGGAGCUGAGUCCUUCCAAGGGCAUUGAUGCUGUGGUUGCAAAUGCGGGGAUUGCAGAUGUUGCCAUGAGCUUCCAGGAACCUCUGAACCUAGAUCUACCAGAACCACCCAAGCCAAACUUCAAAGCUUUUGAGGUCGAUCUGCUUGGGGUUCUGUACACUGCACAUUUGGCAAUGUGGUAUCUUCCUCGAAAUCCUAGAUCACAAAAGGUCAAUUUAUCUGCAAACCCUGGUCCAAAUACUCCCGAUAGACAUUUACUCCUGAUCGGAUCCGUAGCCUCUAUCGCUCCGAUUCCUGGACAGAUUCUAUACGCAACCUCAAAACAUGGAGUUUUAGGGUUAUUCCGGUCAUUAAGAUCUACAAGCUUCGUCAAGGGUAUCCGAGUCAACAUGUUAUGUCCCUAUUUCAUCGAUACACCUUUGAUAUCUACAGCAGGUAGAUUACUGUUGGCGGGUGGAGCGAUGGGCAAACCUGAAGAUGUUGUAGAUGCUGGCACCAGACUCAUGGCCGAUACAAGAAUAGUCGGUAGAGCUUUGGUUAUCGGUCCAAAGGUUCGAGUUGAUGGGGAUUUCGAUUUAUUGCCAGAAACAUCAAAAGAAGGCCACGAAACGGCCGUAUGGGAGGCUUAUGCCGAUGACUUCAGCGAACUCGAGGUUUUCAGCGCAAGAUUUGUCAGGCUGGUCAAUACCGUUGAGAUGAUCAGAGGAUGGAGAGGAUGGGCAUUUGACGUUUCUUAUUCAAAACCCCUCAAUCACGACAACACUACCAUUAUUCCUGCCGUUGCCUUUCAACCCCCGGAAACUAAUUCAUAUCGAAUUCCAGACUCCAUCGAUACAUUCGCAGAUUAUAAAUUCCGAAACACUUGCAACAUUUCCUCCCUAGACCUUCAUGCCCCUUUUAGUCCAUUAUGCACAGAUCGACAAUCCAUGCUCGCUGCCAUGACAUCUGGCGGUCGCAUUGGAUUUGAUGCACCAUAUAUGCCUCGAGAUUGCGACUUGCGCUGGUUUACAUCGGAGGAGAUAUGCGAAAUUUUUGGGAGAUUUGAAAAGGUGAUGGUGGUUGGGGAUAGUAUGUUGAGACAUGUUACAGGAAGCUUCAAUAUCUUUUUGAGGAAAGAUAUUGGAUAUGGGGCUGUGACGGAUUGGAAUUUCAACAUGCAAGAAAAGAAGGAGUGCUUUUGUAAUGAACAGUUUGAUGUCAAAGCUUGCUCGGUGCAAGGCAUAUAUAAGACUUCAGAUGUGGAGGCUCAUGAUCCAGGAAGCAUAUCUUGUUCGAAUUCCAUCAACGUUAUGAUGGAAGAAAUUGUCCAUCACAACAUACCCGAAGACGAAAUCGCUCGCCUCCGCGCAAGCCUACUCGUUCGCCCUGUGUCCAAGCCCAUAGCUGUAGUCUUCGGUCAUGGUCUCUGGUCUGAUCUGGACCUUCCCAAAACAAUCCAAUGGCUUGAUUCUCUCGUUACGCUCAUCGACUCUACCAUCGGUCGAGAAAAAUGGAAAGGUCUCUUCGUGACUCCGAACGCGGCAGGUAAAGAGAAGACGGAUGAAUGGAUUGUGAGUCAAGGAAACAAAGCAUUGAUGUUAUAUGAAGAGGCGGUGGGAAUUGAGGCAAGAAAGAGGGGAUUGGAACAUUUGGGGACUUGGAAUAUGAGUAUCCAAGCGAGGAAAUAUGAUGGGGUACAUAUGGAUUUGAGGGGAAAUCUAGUAAAGGGGAUGAUGAUUAUUAAUUGGUUGGCGAUGUUCUUUCAAGUCUGUGCUUUACCCGUCUCUCUUCGAGUCGACGCGUUGGUGAAACUGAGUGAAGGGAUGGAUAAUCGGUAUGUUCCAGCCUGUCCCAAUGAAGAUGGUCCCGAAUCUACUUACUAUGGUCGACAAAUGCGAAAAUUGUAUUAUUUGGCCGAACGAUUCGAGAUCAUUGAUCUAAUGGACAAAACCAUGGAUGCGAUUCAGGCUCAUGAUUGUCGAUUUGAUCGAGAAAUCUAUAAGCAUAUUCCGGAAGUAUACAAAAAUACUACGAGGAAAAGCUCUUUAAGAUUUUAUUGUGCUCUGAGCGCGGCGUGGUAUUUUGGUCGCCCAAGUUCUCCUGGUAGUCAGAAAUUGAAGCGUCUUCAGGGUUUCAAGGAUAAAGCGGACAUUCUUUACGAUGUUAUGAAGACCCAAUUGAGGUUUGAAUCGAAUAUCUCGAAUGCGACGAGCGAUUACCGAGUUCCCUCCAGUGAAAGUGGACUUGGCCCUUGUGAUUUUCAUAAACAUGCGACGGGUGAAACUUGUCAGCGCUUGACCUUCCUCGGAUCUUCUGGAUCCUCGCAGAGUGGUGCACACUCCGAGCAAACAGAUAUAAUCGGCAUCAGACAGAGCCGGCUUGGUCGAAUGGGCGAUAGGAUAGAAGAGUUUGUGCAAGGAAGUAUCAGUAAAAGUCUCAGCAAAAAAACAAUUGCGGGCACGAAGAAGAUCAAGAAAGAGAAUGGCGAAGAAGAGCAGGAUCUGGAUAGAUCUACGAGCACACCUAUCGUUGGAACAAGGCCAAUGCGUGGAAGUCCAAUACUUGAAAGCAAAGAGACAGUCGUCUCAAUUACAAGGAAACGACCUCUUGAGCCCAACGAUGAAGACACUUCGAGUAGAAAGCGACCGUUUGUGAUAAUUGGUGGGAAUGCUUCACGAGAUAGACCAUGUGAGCCUACAGGUCUUACUCGAGGGAUACAGCAACAACUACGACUGCAUGCUGCACUCGGGAUUCGCAACGAGGACCUUUCAACCAAGAUCAAGAUCAAGCAAAAGACAUCAGCCCUCUUCAAUCAUACCAACGGCCAGGUUACCACCAUGAGCAACGAUCCGAAUCAUAUUACCUCUGGCUCGAUAAUGUCGAGUUAUGGUCGUGGCGUUGAUACCUCCAGGGUUAGUCCUUUCAUCCCUAAUAAUCCUAUUUCUGCUUCUCUCCCGAAUCCCAUCCAUUCAUCAAAAACUUUUAGUAACUUCAACAGAUUUUACCGGGGGUGCGAUAAUAGCGAAUGUGAUUCUGCGUCUGAGUUUUCUGAGGAAGAAGAUAGCUCAGAGCAUAGCUCGAGUGAUGGAGAUGACGAUGAUAAUGAGAUUAUUGAGGAAUAUUCAUCUGGCGAAGAAGAAAGUUCUUAUGAAGACGAAGAAUCUACUACUCAUGCUGGAAUGCAUCCGGACCAUGAUUCCAGUGAUAAUGAGGCUAAAGAACGUGUGCCAGAACAACCAUUCAUUGAUUCCGGGAUCCAGUCUCUAACGUCUUCAAAAACUACCUCCACAUCAGUGCUACUGCAUUCUCAGCCCUCAUUCAGUCAUCCGGGUACUUGUAACUCUCGGACUUCAGCUGGAGUAGCACCCUUGCGACCUGGGCAACGCACUGAUGGUGCAGCCGAGUCUAAUCACUUUCGUCGGGAGGGUCGUCGCGAUCAUCACCAUUCAUAUGUGAAUUCUUCCCACAUCUCGGGUUCUGUAGCAGAUAAUUGGUCUGAAGGCAUACAUUCACCGACUCGUCAAGAAACACUGAAUCAAAAUGAGGAGACUUCUGGGCAGGAUUCAAGAGUCGAGUUACCAUUCGUCUCGUGUCAAAUGUGGCAACGAGGUACUUGUAUCAGGAAGAGGACGAGAUGUCAAUUGGCCCAUAUUUGUGAACGGUGCGGACAGUUGACUCACAGGACGGCCAAGCAUGAUACUUAUAUGACUACGAUGUCAAAAGCCAUCCUAUCUCACAGUAGGGAUCUCUUUUCCUCCCUCUCGAAAUUGAAACCGAAAUUGAAUAAUGCGAAAACAUUCGGAGUACCAUGUCAAAGAUUGUCUACAAUUUGCACUGCAAGGCUUCCUAGAACUGUACAGAAAAGUGGUUGUUUAUUGAGGGAUUCGGCAUGUAAGAGUGAGGGUAUGGCGGGAAGGAGAAGUUAUAAAACUGUACAGGAACAGAGGUCGAGAUAUAGAUCUGGGCCUUUCUCGUGGAUAGCAGGAUUAUUAUUCUUAGGAUCAGGCACAGGGUUGAUAUUCUAUUUUCGAUACGAGAAAGCACGGAUGGAGAGGAAAAGGGUCGCAGAGGCAGCAAAGGGAGUAGGAAGACCGAAAGUUGGUGGACCGUUUGAAUUGAUAGAUCAUAAGGGAGGGCAAUUUAGCAGUGAGGAUAUGAAAGGAAAAUAUAGUUUGGUUUAUUUCGGCUUCACUCACUGUCCCGAUAUCUGCCCCGAAGAACUCGACAAAAUGGCACAAAUGAUCGAUUUAAUCAACAACUCACCCACACGCACCUCUUCCACCCCUUCCCUUCUCCCUAUCUUCAUCACCUGCGAUCCUGUUCGCGAUACUCCCGCGGUACUCGCUACCUAUCUCGCAGAAUUCCAUCCCAGUAUUAUAGGUCUUACAGGGACUUGGGAACAAAUGAAAGAUGUUUGUAAGAAAUAUCGGGUUUAUUUUUCGACACCUGAAGGUGUUCAGAAGGGUCAGGAUUAUUUGGUCGAUCAUAGUAUUUACUUUUAUUUGAUGGAUCCGGAAGGGGAUUUUGUGGAGGCGAUUGGAAGACAGCAUAGUCCGCAACAGGCGGCGGGGAUUAUUCAAGAACAUAUCAUGGAUUGGAAGAGGUGA